UUCGCCGGCUCGCGCAGCCCGGAAGCCCUGCUUGUCCUCUCGUGCUCGUCCGAGGCUGCCGAGUAGGAAUCCGACGGAGAAGCAGCUGAACCGCGGGAACCGCACAGGCAGCAGUGUGGGCCUCUAUGACCCUGCCAGGGCUCUCCGACCGCCGUCUCUCAAACUCCAGAAUUAAACCAUGGCAGAGUCAAACAGGCCCCAGAGGAAGAUGUCCACAUCAGGAGAGAGCCUCUACAAGACAUUAGGUCUGGAGAAGGGAGCAUCUGCGGAGGACAUCAAACGGGCCUACAGGAAGCUGGCGUUGAAGUACCACCCGGACAAGAACCCAGACAACCCCGAGGCGGCAGAAAAGUUCAAGGAGAUCAACAAUGCCAACUCUAUCCUCACUGAUGACACCAAGCGCAAGAUCUACGAUGAGUACGGCUCUAUGGGGCUCUACGUGUCGGAGCAGUUCGGGGAGGAGAGCGUCAAGUACUACUUCCUCAUGUCCAAGUGGUGGUUCAAGGCUCUGGCUCUGUGCUGUGGGAUCUUCACCUGCUGCUGCUGCUGUUGCUGCUGCUGUUUCUGCUGCGGCCGCUGCAAGCCUCCAGAAGAUGAGGAGAACUACCAGUACGUGGACCCUGAGGACCUCGAGGCGCAAAUCAAGGCCGAGCAGGACGGAGGUCAAAAUGCCCCCAUCGUGAUCCAGCCCCAUUCCACUGCCAGUGACUUGGAGCCCUCCCAGAAUGCCGCUGGCCAGCACACUUCCACAAUCCCGAAUUAGGCCCCCAGGCAGCGACCAUCGGGGCCAUUCGCGGAGCCCCCAUCUCACACAUGGACACUGCAAGACCCUGCUCUGCCUCCUUGUGGUUGUAUGUCAUCAGUGUCAGUACUGCAGACAAUAUCAAAGUCCCUUUUGGCUGUUUGUCCCCUCUCACAUGUUCUUGUUCUUGACGGGGAAUCAGGAGCCAUGUUUGCCAACGUGCAGCAGGGGACUCUUGUUGCCAUGUAUGUUGCCCCAUUCUCCUGGGGUGCUCUGUUUGACUCUUAAUACCAGCUCGCCAAGGAACCAGUGCAGCUGCACUCCUGCGGUUCACCAAGGUGUUUUUUGGGAUUUUUGCAAAUCAGUGGACUCGAAGGCUCUGAAUUGCGCACAUUCAUUCAUCUGCAUGCCAACGCUAACAAGAAGUUUGACCCCUUUCACACUUAACACACACACACAGUCUCAAUUUUGCCAUGGGACAAAACCCAACUGAGGCCAGAUGGAAGUGCAGUUUUGGACAUUCCCAGAAGGGGGCGCUCUCAAAAUAUCAUCAUUGAUGGAACACUGGAAAACCAGCAUCUUUAGCUCACUGAUUGCUCAUGGACCAUGUUGUCGUUGUGUGAACCUCAUUGUCCAUUUAGUGUCCCUUGUGUGCCACUUUACAGUGUAGUUUUAUUGCCUGAUGUGAUUGUUUUGCCAGAAAAAUCUGGACAAAACAAUUACAUGUCCUGAAGUUGGUAAGUUGAUUGUGUUAUGUACAAAAAAAGUGGAAGUUAUCAGAUUUUCCCGAAACAAAGAAGUCUGUUGUGAGAACAUGAGCUCCAUAUUUCCCCUCCCUCCACAUCAAGCCUCUUGCAACUGGCAUAAAUGGAUUGUAAGAAUUGCUGCUUGGAUACUUAAUGGGCAUGUUUUGUUUACCUGUUUAUACGAUAUUUGGCAAACGGCAGAUGUCAUACUGCCCUCUUUUUUUGGACACUCCAGUCCAGCCAUGAGCGCAGCUAUGACCAAACUGCUGCUCACUCACCAGGCUGAGGUUUCUCUCCACCAGCAAACCCCUGUCACCGGACUGCAGAUGUGAACCUCAUAUUCUGCUGGGGAGGGAUGAGUCGGGGGUGUCCUUUGUAAACCUUCACUGUGGUUCCACCCCCCUUCCUGUCUGUCAUGAGCAGAGUGUGUGGUGCACACAUACACUCGUGCACCCCCUAUUCUUACUCUUGCUGUGUACUUGAGAGCUGGCUGAUAUGAAAUUGUUUUAAAUUCCCCCGCUUCCUGUGGGUAAGAGGAGGAAGAGAGACUGUGUGCCUGCGGUGGGCAAGGUUGGCUGGCAUUUCCUCCUGAGCCUGGCCUGCCUGUUCCCUGGGAGUAGGAGGUCAUCAUCUUCUAUUGAUGUUUUACUAUGGUUCAUGUUAUCUAAUCAAAAACAUUAUAUAUUAUUGUUAUUGUAACAUGAGUGAAUGCCAAAUAAUGUGGUGAGAUGCACUAAAUGGUGUGAUUAAUUAAAAUUUAAAACAAACUCUUUGGUUUUGCCAAUGUUGGCAGUUCGUCACCGAGCUCAUGUCCUCUCCUCUUGAAUCGUUUGGGAGUUUUGUCUGCUCUGUCGUAGUUGUGUCUGGUGGGUCGUGUUUUCCAUCACAUUAGUUAUCCAGCCAGGAGUCUGAGAGAGCAGCUCCAGUAAAUAACAUUCUCAAAGAAGCCGACCAAGAAACCUCUGGUGAUACAUAUUCAUGUUUUAUCUUAGCAUUUUAUUGAAAUUGACACGCUGUCGGCGCGAGACAUCACCGCAUGUUCGUCUAACUUGUGCAGGUUGAACCUUCAUGGAAACAGCUGUUAAUUUGUUCUGCAAUCUUUAGCACUGUGUAAAUAAUCGUUUGUAUCCAAUAUUACUCAAUGGGUGAGACAUGCCGACAGUGUCAGUGGAGAAUUACUUUGUAUGCAGAUCUUUUAUGAAACAUCCAUUUUAAUACUGUGGAUUUUUUUUGCAUAUGUAAAUUAUUUUUUAAGAAUGUUCAUGGUCAUUUUGAAAAUGCUGAUUAUAGCCAAAUGUAGUCACCCCGGCUGCAGCGAUAGGCUGACAGCCCUAGUGGGCGGCUCCAGCGACCCUAGAUCUGCCAAUGAAAAUGCUUCUCAGUAAUCACCCGCUGUAGAGGCGGUCCCUGUGCUCGCCACGCCUCGGGUUCUUAGACCUCGUGAGGGAUGACUAACUCUCGCAGAUAUGAAAUCAUUGUUUCUCUUCAGAAUGUUUCCUAAUGAAAGACUAUCUGUAAAUGAUCAAUUGAUAUUAAAGGAAUAAAAAAAGGAUGGGGGAGGGUUA